AUGCCCGGCCGACCGACCGCGACCUCGCCCAACCCAGAAAUGGAGGGAAUUGCAGUCAUCGGAAUCGGGUGUCGCUUUUCUGGAGGUGCAACAUCCGUCGAGGAUUUCUGGCAGAUGCUAUGUGAGGGACGUACUGGACACGGAACUAUUCCUUCAAGCCGAUAUGAAGCUUCUGCCUGGCAUCAUCCGAGUCAUGAUCGCAAAGGCGCGAUCAAUCAUGACAGCGGAUUCUUCCUAGAAGAAGAUCCCUCCCGCUUUGAUGCACCCUUCUUCUCUAUUACCGCCAAGGAGGCAGCGGGAAUGGACCCAGCACAGCGUUUGCUGCUCGAGGUUGCAUAUGAAACUUUUGAGAACGGCGGUAUUCCAAUCGACUCACUUCCAGGGAGUAACACAGCAGUGUAUUCCGGGUCAAUGACCAAUGAUUAUGAGCUAUUAUCAACUAGAGAUAUUUAUGAUAUGCCUCAUAACUCGGCAACUGGAAAUGGAAGGACUAUGCUGGCAAAUCGGUUGUCAUGGUUCUUCGAUCUCCAAGGCCCCAGUAUCAUGAUGGACACUGCGUGUUCCUCAAGUUUGACUGCGGUGCAUCUAGCAGCCCAGUCUCUACGUUCUGGCGAGUGCGGAAUGGCACUAGUGACCGGAGCCAGCCUAAUUUUACACCCUAAUUUCACACAAAGGCUCUCCUAUAUGCAUAUGAUGAGUGCAGAUGGCACAAGUCACUCAUUCGAUGAGUCUGCAAAUGGAUAUGGCCGAGGAGAAGGUAUUGGCGCAGUGCUUUUAAAGCCUCUCAGUGCAGCUUUGGCCGACGGAGACAACAUUCGAGCCGUCAUCCGGGGUACAGGGAUUAACCAGGAUGGUCGCACCCCUGGAAUUACCUUGCCAAGCCCGACAUCACAAGCAAACUUGAUCCGUUCGACAUAUGAGCGGCAUGGAAUUUCAAUGAAAGAUACUGCAUACUUCGAAGCACAUGGGACUGGUACGCCGGUCGGAGAUCCCAUAGAGCUGUCUGCUGUUGGGAUGACUUUGGGGGAGGCACGGUCAGCAACCGAUGAGCCGAUAUACGUAGGCUCCGUGAAGACAAACCUCGGUCACACCGAAGGAGCUGCAGGUGUGGCUAGUUUGAUCAAGGUCGUUCUCUGUUUGGAAAAGGCCACAUUGGUACCGAAUGCCGGCUUCAAAAACAUUAACCCAAAGAUCCGUCUCGACGAUUGGCGUCUGCGCCUGAGCGACAAAACGAUACCUUGGCCAGAUCAUCUGCCACAACGGGCCAGUAUUAACUCAUUUGGAUUUGGUGGAUCAAAUGCGCACGUCAUCAUUGAGAGCACCAAAGAAGCCUUCAGGGGAAAUGACGAAGACAGAGAGCCUCCUCCGCGUGUUGUGGUUUUUUCUACUUUUGACCAAGCUGGCAUUGACCGACUGGGUCAAAAUUGGAGCAGCUUCGUCCAACGUAAGCAAAAGGCUGAGCAAGAGAUCCCAAUCAAAGAUCUUGCGCAUACGAUGCUGAAUCGCCGUUCCCAAUUGGGCUUCCGCAGCUUUGCAGUUGCCAACACAGGGGAUCAGCUUGGGGAGAUCCUGGAAAAAGGGCUUCCCAAGUUUGCUCGAGCCAGUCGCAAGGUUCACACGCGAAUUGCCUUUGUUUUCACCGGUCAGGGUGGCCAGUGGGCUGGCAUGGGCCGUGAGCUUUUGAGGACUGUAAUCUUCAAAGAAAGCAUGGCGCGCUCACAAGAGAUUCUUUCAUCUAUGGGAUGUCCCUUUAACAUUUUUGAGGAGAUUCGAGCCGAAGCAAAGGACAGCCGUAUCAACCGACCUGACCGCAGCCAGCCUAUAACUUGUGCCUUGCAGAUUGCGUUGGUAGAUCUUUUGGCCAGCUGGUCCGUUUAUCCCAACGCAGUUGUUGGUCACUCCAGUGGUGAGAUUGCUGCCGCCUAUGCUGCUGGGUAUCUUUCCCACGCAGAUGCCAUGCGAGUCGCAUGGUUCCGCGGCUUCUUUUCGCAGCAGAUUGCUGAGAGUGACAAACGGGGAGGCAUGCUCGCUACUGGAAUCUCGGCAGCAGACGCACAGAAGUAUCUCGAUGAACUUCCACCGAGAUCGGUCGUUGUUGCCUGCGUUAACAGUCCUGCCAGUACAACACUUUCAGGUGACGUGGACCUUAUUGACCAGCUUGAAGUAAGGCUACAGAAGGAUGGUCACUUUGCCCGAAAACUGCGCAUUGACACAGCUUAUCACUCCCCCCAUAUGGAAGAGUUAGUUGGGGUGGUUGGAAACGCCAUCGAGUGCAUCAAGCCGGAAGAUCGACACAAUGGCUCGAUUCCCAUGCUUUCAUCUGUCACAAAGGAGCGUGUCCAUUCUGCAGAGCUUGGUGGAUCAUAUUGGGUUCGAAACAUGGUCAGCUCGGUUGAAUUCACCGCCGCAGUCUCGCAACUCGCAAACCUUAGCGAGUCUAACAAGGCUCGCCGACGGCCGGUCCCUAUCAAAUGGACCUCGCUGGUUGAGAUUGGCCCUCACACAGUGCUCAAGGGACCAGUCACUCAGAUCUUGAAAUCUGUCAAUCCAAGCAUGGCAUCUCUCCCCUAUCACUCGUUGGUUGCGCGUAGCCAACACGCUUUGCGAACGUCGCUCGAAACUGCUGGCUCUCUUUGGAGCACAGGACAUGAUGUAGACCUCGCUGCAGUCAACAGUAGUGUUGAUAGCACAACGCCAACAGUUGUUUCUGAUCUGCCUUCAUAUCCUUGGAAUCACCAAACAUCAUUUUGGCACGAGCCGCUGGAGACAACGCAGCUGAGACAGCGCAAACAUCCGCGUCAUGAUAUUUUGGGUGCUCCCUGGACUACCAAAAUGCCUUGGAGCCACGGUGGAGGAACUUCUUGCGCCUCCGCGGGUAUGCUUGUGAUGGCCACUGAGGCGGCACGGCAGCUCGCCGAUGAUCAAGCCAAGGUGAAAGGAAUCGAGUUCCAGGACGUUCGCUUUAUGCGCGGAGUAGUGAUUCCCGAGGAAGACCGAGGCUUGGAAACCGUUCUUCAGGUCUCCCCUCACCCAGGAAUACCGGGCUGGUAUCAAUUUGGUAUCUUCUCUCUUCCAUCCGGGGGAUCCUGGAUUCAACACGCGAAGGGUGCAUUCACCAUGCGAUACGAGAACCGAGAAGAUGAUGAACUUACUGCAAACUGGGAAGCCGCUGUGGCGCGCAUCAAGGAAACACAGUCAACUGCGCAAAAGGCCGAUAUUGGGCAGGCCUACCAAUGGUUAUCUCAUACCGGAGGUCUGACAGUCGGCCCUUCCUUCAAGACUAUCACAGGCGUCUCAUUCUGUGAAUCAGAGCCCCGUCUGUGGCUAUCUGGUGUUGUCACAGAAACAAAGCAAGCAAUGCCCCACGAAAUGGAGACGCCCAGUUUCAUUCACCCCACAACACUUGAUUGCCUCUUUCAGUCUGCCCUUCUAUCUUGUUCCGAGGCUCUGUCGAGCAGCAACGCCAACAUCCCCGUCGGAGUGGACCAUAUCUAUAUCGCCGAUGCCUUCCAGCCACAAUCAGGUGAGCAGUUUGCUGUCCACACCGAAACUCAGUGGCGAGAUGGCAAGUCCCGAUCUAGGUGUAUUGCGUCAGAUCCUUCCUGGACACAGCCCUGGAUCACAUUCGAAGGUGUUCACCUUGGCCGACUUCCCUUCAAUCCCAACUCGCAAAAGCAAGAGCAAGUCAGCUCUGACAGCAGAUAUUCUUCCAUUGUUUGGGAUGAACACUUGGAGUCACCCAUCGUCACUGGUCGAACCCCGUCUGACGGGAACAAAGGAACGGUUGUGGAAACCAGCGAUUUGCAGCUGGGAGACUGGAUCAAGCGCAUGUGCCAUACAAACGGAGAUGCCAAGGCGUUGAUAACGACCGCGAACACAAGUUAUUCGUGGGUCGAAGACCUGGAGAUGGCACCAGGUGCCGGAAAGCGACCAUGUCUAGGAAAGCUCACGGUUGCCUUGUGUGGCUCCAAGGAUGAAGAGAAGACCGACGCCCAGAAGAACCUCAUAGGAACUCAGGUUGUGCCCCUCAAUGCACUUGCCGAACUUCCAUCCUCAUCCCUUGCCGAACAGACAUUUGAUCUUGUCGUUAUCGACGAGCUCAGUCUGUGGGAAGGCAAAACCCUACAAGCGAUUGCUUCGCUCCUUCCCACCAUUCUUGAACACGGAGGCUUCGCAGCAAUGCGCGUCUCAGAUGAGAACAUUGAAUCUGCAGUCGAGACGUUGCAGCGAGUCAAUGGUCUGGACGUCCACAGUAUGACUGAGGAUCGCAACUUUGUCAUCACACGCAAGAUGCCCGUCCAAUGGGCCACAGACUCGGAGAUCUAUAUCUUGAGUCCAACAGACAAGUCCAACUCUUUCCCCGUGUUUGACCACCUGGAGAAGAUCUUCGCAACCCAUAAUGUUCGCCUAGUCUCUGUUGGAUUAGACCAGGUGCCUGCAUUGGAAAAUAAGACUGUGAUUUCGUUGCUGGAUUUGGCCGGCCCCUGGGUAUCCGAGUGGGCGGCCGAUGAUCUGAGGCAUCUCCAAGAGCUAAUCCGUGCACAAUACGUUCUUUGGAUCUCACCAUUCUGGGGUCAAGGAGGCGUUGAAAACAUAGGAUCAGGUGCUACGGGCGGUCUUCUGCGGACACUUCGCAACGAGCAUUGGAAUACUACUAUUCCACAGCUUCUUGUGGAUGCCGAAGAUUUGCAAGACCAAUUCGGACUGGCUUGUGGGAUAUUGCAGGUCAUGCAGCUUACCACGCAGCAAAACUCACGACGUCCAGACAUGGAGUAUCGUCUCUCCAAUGGUCGACUUUUGAUCCCACGUGUCCUUGAGACAUCUGCAGUGGAUGAGGCUAUGCAGACACUGGUCAAUGGUCCCAAGCCUGUACUAGCAGAUCUGGCACUGGACCCGAGGCCCCUUGAAUUGAAGAUCGAGGACACAAACCGUGCGCACUGGGCGGAGCAACAAGUUCCAGAAGGGCAACUUCCACCAGAUCAUGCCGAGAUCAAGGUUGAGAUGGCCACAAUUUUUGACCUGAAUGGUGAACUGGGCAAGACGCCAGAGACUGUUCUCCCAAUGAUUGAGGUUUCUGGAAAGGUCAUCCAGAUUGGAUCAGGGGUGAACGAUCUCAACAUUGGUGACAAAGUUCUGACGCUGUCCUCUGCAAAGUUUGGGCUUUCCACGAAGAUCCGCGUGCCGGAGAGUGACACUAUCAGAAUACCAGCAAACACAGAUCUCGCACAGGCUAUCUCAACUCCUCUCGCGUAUCUUAACGCGUAUCAAAUCCUCACCGAAGUGGGUCGCCUGCGCUCGAAUUCCUCCGUCCUUUUGGUUGGGUCAAUCAGCCAAACUCUUCGAGCCAUGAUUGACUACGCGCUUGCCAUGGAUAUGCAUGUUAUCGUGGCUACUGAUUCCCAAUAUACUUCUGAUGUUCUCUCCUCACGCUACCCAAGUCUACAGGAUCGGAUCCUUGGUAUUCACGGCAGCCUGGAAGCAAGUGUAUCUCGGCUGACCAACGGAAGUGGUGUUGAAGCUGCCAUAGGCUUCCUGGGCGGAUAUUCGGGCCGGGUUGCAGCAAGAUGCUUGAUCCAAGGCGGCCAGUAUAUCAACUUGUCCAGCGAUAUGAAGUUGAGUGCUUUGCCAGAGAGCUUUAUUGAAAGUGGUUGCACUUUCUCCUCGCCGAAACUGCAAAGAUCAUUCUCAGAGAAGCCUGGUAGCCUCCACGCCUCGGUUAGGCAUGUCAUCGACUUCAUGAAGAAGCACAAAAUGCUGGAGCAUGUAGAGCCCUACGCUACUUUCCCUGUAGCUGAUGUACAGGCAGCUCUGAAGUAUUGCAAAGAGACUGAUACCCGCGCUAUAGUGGACCUUCAGGCUCCGGGUCAAGUUCCAAUCGUGCUCCCACUUCCAGAGCUUGCCGCUUUGCCGGCGGAUCAGACUUACAUACUGGCUGGUGGACUAGGAAAUCUUGGCCUUGCGCUUGCUGAAACUUUAGUAUUGUCUGGAGCCCGCCAUUUGGUAUUCCUGGGCCGAUCUGGUGGGGUUCAGCAUGAUCAGCAACUCGCCCUUGAUCGGCUUCGUGGCCGCGGAUGCAGCAUCGAUGUGGUUCGCUGUGAUAUUUCCAGGAGAGGAGACAUUGAUCAUCUUGAAUCGAAAAUUCGCAACAAAAAGUGGACAGUCGGAGGUGUGAUUCAGUGCACAACGGUCCUUAAGGACACAAUGUUCGAAAACAUGUCGUUUGAUGAUUGGACCCAAUCGACUGAGUCCAAGGUUCGCGGAACAUUGAACUUACACCAUCUCUUCUCCAAGCAAGAAAGCUUAAAAUUCUUCGUGGCGCUAUCCUCCGUCGCAAGUGUCAUUGGAAAUAUGGGCCAAGCUAACUACUCUGCUGGAAAUGGUUUCAUUGAUGCUCUCAUGGAAUGGCGACGAGGCAAUGGCCUUCCCGGCCAUUCCAUCAACAUUGGCCUCGUCCCAGAUGCCAGUGGUCUCAGUGAUAUCAACGAAGAUCAAGAGCAGCGCCGCCGCCGCUACAAACACCUUGAGGGUACAGAAAUCAUGACGCACGAGCUUCAGACCUUGCUGCGCGUGAUCAUCAACAGCAAACUCUCUAUGCCUCCCCAAAUUGUAGCUGGCAUGACCGACUCCCUGUCACGCAAAAAUGCUCCUUCCGCGUGGCUUUUCGAUCGAAAGUUCGAUCACCGGCUUGCCCUGGCUGUUGAACAAGACGAGACAACCGAAAUCCUCACCAGUACUUUGCUGAAGGAGUCUGGCUCCGUUGAUGCGGCAGCUCAGAUUGUCGUCGACGCUCUCAGUGAAUAUCUGGCACAUGCAAUGGCUACGACAGCUGAUUCUAUCGACCCGGAUUUACCAUUGUCUGCCUUGGGUGUGGAUUCCCUCAAAGCUACGGACGUGCAGAACUGGGUCUCACGUGAAUUGGGGGCUGAAUUGUCCUCUUUCGAAUUCCUUGGAUCACAACCGACCAAGGCAUUAGCAAGGAAGAUCGCCUCAGCUAGCUCUUUUGUCUCCGAAUCGAGCUGA